GUUUAUUUUUCUUUGACUGACCACAUGGCCAGUUAAUGAUUAGUAAGCCCCAAGUGGGAGUCUGGACUAUUUGAACUCUUGGUGUUGGGGCUUGCUUUGUACCAGCUCCAGCUCUGAGACCCCAGCUCAGUCAUGACCCCAGUCUUCUGGGAGAGAAGUUUCUGGUUGUGGGGGUCCCUGCUGUGGUUCAGCAUUGGAAGUUCAGGGGAUAUACCUCUCACAACACAGCCAAAGUGCACCGACUUCCAGAAUGCCAACCUCCUCCGUGGCACCAGCCUCAAAGUCCAGUUUCUCCUCUUUACCCCUGAGGAUCCCAGCUGUGGGCAGCUGGUGGAAGGAAGCACUGACAUCCAAACCGCUGGGUUUAAUGCCACUCUGGGGACCAAACUCCUUAUUCAUGGAUUCAGGGUGUUAGGUACAAAGCCUUCCUGGAUUAAUAAAUUCAUCAGAGCCUUGUUGCGGGCAGCAGAUGCCAAUGUGAUUGCGGUGGACUGGGUGUAUGGAUCUUCAGGAGUCUAUUUCUCAGCUGUGGAAAAUGUGGUCAAGCUGAGCCUGCAGAUUUCUGGCUUUCUCAGUAAACUCCUGGUGCUGGGUGUGCCAGAGUCCUCUAUCCACAUCAUUGGGGUGAGCCUGGGGGCCCAUGUUGGAGGUAUGGUGGGACACUUCUACAAAGGCCAGCUGGGACGGAUCACAGGCCUGGACCCCGCUGGACCUGAGUACACAAGAGCCAGCCUGGAAGAGCGCCUGGAUGCUGGAGACGCCCUCUUCGUGGAAGCCAUCCAUACCGACACCGACAACUUAGGUAUUCGGAUUCCUGUUGGACAUGUGGACUACUUCGUGAAUGGAGGCCAGGACCAACCUGGGUGUCCCGUGUUCUUUCACGCAGGUUACAGCUAUCUGAUCUGUGAUCACAUGAGAGCUGUGCAUCUCUACAUCAGCGCCCUGGAGAAUUCCUGUCAGUUCAUGGCCUUUCCCUGUGCCAGCUACAAGGCCUUCCUUGCUGGGCAGUGUCUGGAUUGUUUUAACCCUUUCCUGCUUUCCUGUCCAAGAAUAGGGCUGAUGGAACAAGGUGGUAUCAAAAUAGAGCCACUCCCCAAAGAAGUAAGAGUGUACCUGCUGACCACAUCCACGGCCCCAUACUGUGUGCAUCACAGCCUCGUGGAGUUUUACUUACAGGAGCCAAGAAAAAAGGACACUAGCAUCGAGGUCACCUUUCUUAGCAACAAUGUCACCUCUGCAGUUAAAAUCACCAUACCUAAACAACAACUCCAGGGCAGAGGACUCAUCCCCCACCCCAAUCCACAGUGCCAGAUCAACCAAGUGAAGCUCAAGUUCCAAGUUUCCAGCCGGGUUUGGAAGAAAGACAGGACUACCAUUGCUGGGAAGUUCUGUACUGCCCCUCUACCGGUCAAUGACAACAAAAAGAUGUUCUGCUUGCCGGAGCCAGUCAACUUACAAGCAAGUGUGUCUGUUUAUCAUGACCUGGAAAUAGCUUGCGUUUAGAAUAAUCCUGGGUAGGAUACAUCUUCUUGGAUGGUUUGUGAGGGAAGUGAAGUAUGUGUAUAUGAGUGUGUGUGUGCAUGCGCGCACAUGCGCACCUGUGUACCCACACAUGCGCAUGCAACUUAAGCUAGACCAUUAUUACCAGGAGACAGGAUCAUUACCACCAUGGAGAACGGUCCAAUUCUUAGUUAUUUUCUUCUAUAAUUAAUUACCGUGGGGCGGGGGGGAUGACUCAUUUUAUAGAUUAGAUGUCCAUUGUAAUCUGGAAAGCUUUACAAAGAUACGAUUUCAGCUUCCCUAGUCUUAUGCAAUUGCCUGAGUCCUUGGGCAUCUAUCUGUCCUUAGAAUGUAGUA